AAUCCACUUGUAAAUAGGGGAAGUGUUAUUCUGCAAAAUCUCAUAAUAUAAGAACAAAUAUUUGCUGCAAGUGAUUGUUGGAAGAAUGUGGCCAAGUUGAUUCUUCUCCUGCACCAGCAGAAGUUGUUGAAAUCUUUGAAAUUCCUUUACUUCGAGUAAACAUCCUUUAGGUUUUUAGUAUAGAACGUUGCCUGGAACGUGUCGGUCGUUGUCGUUAUACUUUCUCCUGUUUUCUAUCUCCGUAAUACUAUUAAUCAACAAUUUGUUAUUAACUUGUCUGCAAUUAAAUAAAUAAUUUAAUAUUGUUUUUUUUCUAAAUGUUUCAACUCAUGAAUGAAAAAUCGUACACCUUUUACUAAAAUCUCCGAACAAGAAAAAUCACCAUCCUUCAAAAUACCACGUACGAACACCAAACUUGGAUUACGAACACGGAAACGAAAAAAUAAAUGUAAUGGAUGUGAUAACACAAAUUUGUGCAUACAUAAGCAGUUUGAGAUUUAUGUGAAAAACCAGUGAAAAUUUUCUUACUCUAUUAAUUUUGUCCUUAAAUCCUUGCCGAAGAAAGUUUGGCUAGCAAAAAAAAUAAUCUUAUGAAAAGUUAUUAAAAAGCAGUGCAGUUGAGAGAAUAGAAAAAAAUGCUUUGUUAUGAUUUUGUGACCUGCUCAUGAAAGUUUGUAAUCCGUGCGACAUCACCGAAGGAUACAGAGCAAAAAUCAGCACUUGUUUUUUUCAUAUCUAGUUACACUCAAUUACAAAUAUUAAUCAAUAAAAUGAAGGAAAGAUACCACUUUAAAAUGGAGAUCUUAAAAGUAAAAUGAAAAAAAAUAUUUAUCUCAAACACACAUUAAUCUAUACGAAGUUUAAAUAAAAGCAAUUAAAAAUCGAAAAAUUAAUAAAAGUUUUCAUAUUUAAUCAAAAAUAAAAAUUAAUAAAAAAUAACGUCUUGAAUAGAAAAAAACUAAAUCAUAAACUUAAAUAAUGCCCCAGACUAAAUACGAAAAAUUAUAAACAAAAUAUAAAAAAGAUUAAAGUCAAUGCAAAACAGAUUCAACAACAAGAAAUUAAAAAAUAUACAUAUAUACGUACUGAUUUAAUUUUCUUAAUUAGUUUCUAAUUUUAAUUUUAAUACUAUAUAUAAAGAGUAAGACACAGCGCUAUGCAAACAACAUCAACAAUUACAGAAACAGCAAUCGCAAUAAAAACAACAACAACAAUAACAACACCACCAUUCAAUAUAUAUUUGAAUUUUUUAUAAACUACCCCUUGAAGCCUAAAAUCCCAGCGUAGUUGAUACAAAAACAAAAUUCGAAGCGCAUGAAAUCGUUUCGACUGGAUCUUAGCUGACAGGUUGCGGCCACAAAGGUUUCACGGAUUCAAAACAUAAAAAGGCCCUUGAAUGGGUCAGCACUAAGUAACAUAAAAUUCAGAAGAUACUCAGAGGCUAAUAAAUCUUUGCGUCAGAAUUCCUUUUCACACUCACUUUUUCUAUCAACCUUAGAGCAAAAAAAAAAAUAAAAAAAAUCAAACUAUACACUCUUGUCAAAAAUGUUCUACCUAAAAACCAUUAUAAUGAACUUACUACAAAAACCAUUACAUGCCCUCUGCUGGAUUUUAUUAGGAUUUGGAUCGAUACCCGUGCUUCCUGUUUGUUUUGCUGGGCCACAUGAAAAAAGAUUACUCCAUCAGCUACUUGACAGCUAUAACAGUUUGGAGCGUCCAGUUGUCAACGAAUCCGAUCCAUUGCAGCUGAGUUUUGGAUUGACGCUCAUGCAAAUAAUUGAUGUCGAUGAAAAAAAUCAACUAUUAAUUACAAAUAUUUGGCUUAAACUGGAAUGGAAUGACAUGAAUCUUAGAUGGAACUCUAGUGAAUUUGGCGGAGUACGAGACUUACGUAUACCACCCCAUCGUUUAUGGAAACCUGAUGUCCUUAUGUACAACAGCGCUGAUGAAGGUUUUGAUGGUACGUACGCCACUAAUGUUGUAGUAAGAAAUAAUGGUUCGUGCCUUUAUGUGCCGCCGGGUAUAUUCAAAUCAACGUGCAAAAUUGAUAUCACCUGGUUUCCUUUCGAUGAUCAGCGAUGUGAAAUGAAAUUUGGUUCAUGGACAUACGAUGGAUUUCAGCUGGACUUACAGCUACAGGAUGAAGCUGGAGGCGAUAUAUCCAGUUUCAUUACAAACGGCGAAUGGGAUCUUUUAGGUGUGCCAGGAAAACGAAAUGAAAUCUACUAUAAUUGCUGCCCAGAACCUUAUAUUGACAUAACAUUCGCCAUAUUGAUUCGACGCAAAACUCUUUACUAUUUUUUCAAUUUAAUUGUGCCGUGUGUACUUAUUGCUUCAAUGGCACUUCUAGGUUUUACACUGCCACCAGAUUCUGGUGAGAAGCUCUCACUCGGAGUAACAAUUUUGUUGUCACUGACAGUCUUCCUUAAUAUGGUGGCUGAAACAAUGCCAGCCACAUCUGAUGCAGUGCCUCUACUAGGAACUUAUUUCAAUUGCAUUAUGUUUAUGGUGGCCUCAUCAGUUGUGUCAACCAUACUUAUCCUCAAUUAUCAUCAUAGAAAUCCAGAUACGCAUGAAAUGAGUGAAUGGAUUCGAGUUAUAUUCCUCUAUUGGUUGCCUUGUAUAUUACGAAUGCAAAGACCGGGACAAGUGGGUUACGAAUGUCCACCGCCUCCGUCGAGCUCGUCUUCAGAUAAAAAACAACAAAUGCAAAAUGUUGAACUUAAGGAAAGAUCCUCAAAAUCUUUGCUGGCCAAUGUUUUGGAUAUCGAUGAUGAUUUCCGUUGCAAUCACAGAUGUUCCAGUGCUACGAUACCACACCAACAGGCUUACUACCGAGCUGUAUAUAGACAAGGUGAUGAUGGAAGUGUAGGUCCAGUAGGAGAAAGUAGAAUCCAUGAAGCUAUCUCCCAUACUUGUUUGAGUUCAUCAGCAGAAUACGAACUUGCGCUUAUUCUGAAAGAACUUCGGUGGAUAACAGAUCAGUUAAAAAAGGAAGACGAAACCGGCGAUGUAACGCGUGAUUGGAAAUUUGCUGCAAUGGUAGUCGACCGCCUGUGCCUUAUAAUUUUCACGCUGUUUACAAUUAUCGCAACAUUAGCUGUAUUGUUUUCCGCCCCACAUUUCAUUUUUUAAGUUGAAAACCAUUAUCUCAAACAAGCAUAAUAGGAAAAUGUUCAAAUGACAAAUUAUAAAUUUUGUUAUUAGAUUGUGCCUAGUUAUUAUAAACAUAAAUAUAUUUCUGUAAUAAAGUUUAUAUAAGUUUUAUUUAAGCUAUCUACAUCAAUUUUGUUUGUUAUUUAAGUUAAUAAACGAAAAAUAAGUGUUACAUUAAUUUUUCUAAACGAAAUAACGAAUAAAUGAGAUGAAAAACACAUAAAACAUGGUUGGUGCUGUGAUAACGGACAAUUGUUAAAAAGUAAAUGAAAUGUUAUAAUUAAUUUUACAACAUAAUUACAAAUUCUGUUUGUUGUUUUUUUUUUAUAAAAAAUUGCAUAAAUGUAUCAUUUAUCUGCUUUUUGAUAAUUAUUUUAACCAUGCAUAAAUAAAAUGAAUAUUAAUCGCAAUUAGUGAACACUUUUAAAUAAACUAUUUACAAAUUUAACAAAAAAAAAACAACAACAAAAACGUAUUUAUAAGCAAAAAUAAAUAAACAUUUAAACAAAACAAAAAUACAUUGAUAAAAAUUAAUAUUUAAACAAAACAAAAAUAUAAUACAAAAUUAACAUAGCCUAAAAGUUAACUAUUUUAAUUAAAACGAAGUAAUAUAAAAAUAUUUAAAUACGUACAUUGAUUUCUUUGGCAAACACUAAGAUUUAGUGUUUCCGAGAAGAUGAGAAAUAAUAAACAUAAAUUAAGUAGAUAAAUUAUUAUUUUACUAAAAAAUUGGAUUAAAUCACUUUUACAAAACAAAAAAAUGGGAUAAUCGAAAAUAAUGACAAAUACCCUUAACUACGGAAUUUGAUAGUUUAAAAUCAAAAAAGAAUUAAAUAAAAGCAAUGUAUGCAUGAUUUUACAAAACAAUUAAACGAACAAAACACAAAUAUCAUUAAAAUAUUGAGUAGUGUAGUUAACAUCUUCUAUAGAAAAUUGUUAUGAAUAAAUAAUAUCAUUGGUUCAAAUUGCGGUUGAUGGGUGACGGUCAUGGCUUUUUGUGGAUAGCUCAACUUUAAAAACGUUCAAUCUUCGAACGCCAAAUCUUAGACAAAGAAACUUGGAAGGAAUUAUUGUUUUAUUUUGAGUGCCUCAUAUAAAAAGUAAUGGAUGUUAACUGCUCCAUUCACUGCAUAAGAACCCACGCACUUAAAUAUAUUUUUUUUUGAGAUCUAAAUUUGAAAUUUCAAACAAGAUAAAUUAUAUAGUUUUGACAAAAAUUUAUUGUCAUUUUCUAUUUUGAAUAAAAUCAAAACAGUUAGAUUCAAUAUGUCGUUUUACAUUUACGAAUAAUUUAUUUAUCAAGCUUCAAGCAUGAAGUGCGAACUGCGUUUGAAUUUAAGCUUAAAUUUCAAAAUUUGUGUCUCAACUUGUUUUAAAUAAAUAUACAUUUGUAUUUGGUUCGUUUAAUACCUAAUGUUUAUAUUAAUGUUACCUGUUAUUUUCCGGAAGGUUCAAAUCCUAUCAAAUAUCCAAAAUGUCUUAGUGUUUCUUCUAUAAAAGGAAUAUUAAGCUUAAGAUUUUUUUUAACAAACUCUCGGUUCUCUUUUUUGAAUAACUAUUUGCAAUAUGAUAUUUAUUUUUCCUUAAAAUAUCAUAUUGAACUACGAUUGAUAAGUAAUAAGUAAACGAAAUAUAUACAAAUUUCACACUUUUUGUUACCUCCUUUUAUUCACAAAAACACUUAUCAUUGUUUAAUAAAAUGAUACGUCCAGUCACAAACAUCCAAAAUGGAUCGGAUACCAUAUAUUUUUUAAUUUUAUCUACGAAAAUGGUAUGAUCUUAUAAAAUACGUAACCUUAUUUAAGGAUUUUACCUUUCAUUGCAACGAAAAACUUUUUUAAGCAAAAAAUCUCUAGGUUAGCUUAGUCAAAAAUCUAAAAACGGUUGUAACAUGAAAGAAUUAUUGUGAGUACUUAAGAUUUUCUUUUCCUAAAAAAGUCCUUCCUCCUAAAGAGUUAUGUAUGUCCAAAAUAACUACGUUGAAGCUUUUUACUCUUAUCCUAUCAAAACCCUAUCAACAGCAUUUUGAUCAUUGAUAUAUUUUCUUGUAUCCCCAAAUCCACAUCUAUAGAUGCAUUCACAGUAAUAAAUACGAAUAUAUUUGUACAACCACAUAAGCUAAAUACAUAUAUUACAAAUAAAUCAUAAGUUAAACAAAAUAAUAAUACACAAUGACGAUAACAUAAUGUUAAAGAAGUGAGCUAAUAAACAUUUAAAACAUAGAUAUUAAAUACAUAAAUUAAACAAAGAUCUAAAAUAAAUCAAAUUAAAUGUUAUCAGCCGUUAAACAUUUUAUAAUGAAUCAAACAUAUGUUAUGGUUGAAAGCAUUAUGUCAUAUUGACAUAAAUAUUGUUAGUCACUGAAAAUAAAAUUAAUGAAACAAAAAAAAAAACACAUACACUAAAUCAAUAUUAUAAGUCGUGAAUACUCACAGAUUUAAAAGUCAGAGUUAUUGAAUUUCGAUUGCGUCUAUACAAAGUGUUGUAUUGUAGUCUUGAGAUAACAUUUUUUGGGCGUACUUUUGACGUAAAGUGACAUACCCAGAUUUGGUGGUAUUUCACAUACAUAUAUUUAAAACAAAAUAAAUAUAAGAUUAUUGUCUUCCUUGCUUAAUACAGGAUAUUAUAUUCCACUUAAGAAUAUAUUUUGUAAAUUUAAUUUCCAAAAAAAAAAAGAAAAUAUUCUUUAAUUUAUUUUUCUUUUGUGUAUUUAAAAUAUAAUUGUUUUCAUUUUUUACAUAGCAAAACAUAGUAUUUGAAAUUUAAACACUCAGGAGAGAGAAAUUAAAAAAAAUAUAUACAUACAUAUGUAGCUUUAAGUGAGCUCUCAAAUAAUAAAAGACAAAAAUGUUUUUAUUUCAAAUGAAUAAAUACAUCAGAAAUGGUGAAAAUUUUGUUCAUUAUUAUUUCCUGAAUUUAAAAUAAAAGAAACAAUAUUUACAUAUGUAUUUGAAAUAUGAUUUAAAAUUUAAAAAAAAACUUGCAAAUCCAACAUCUAUCGCACCACAAUAAUACUCUUAAAAUUGAAAAUAACCUAAAGUUUACGAAUAAGCAUUAGUUGCAAUAUUUCAAGAACACAAAACUAGCACACUAUGUUUUUUAACCAAAUUUGAGGAAAUUAAUUUCUCAAGUUCUGUGACUUCAUGUUCUUAAAAAAAAAUUGAAAUAAAACCAUAACACACACCUACACAAUCUGAGGUUAUCAUAUUUAUAAAAUUUAUCAACAACAAAUAAUAAGAAAUGACACAGAAAACUGCCAACAAGCAAUCACUAUGUACUUAUCAUAAUAAAAAAAAGGAUAAUUUAGUUCAAUAUAUUCCAAUGCAACAAUUUGCCAAAUUUUAUUAAUCUUUUUUUUUAACUCUUAAUCUGUAAUACUUUUAUAUUUUUAUUUUAUUUCAUAUAGUUUUAUUUAACAGUGGAAACCAAUCAACAAAACAGGAAAUUUAAAAUCAAAUAUAAAAUAAAACAAAUAAGGAUUUAAAGGGUUUUUGAAUUACAUAUGGUUUCAAUUAAUAAAAUAAGUAACAAGAACUAACGAAACAUGUCAUAGAAAAAUUGCAUUCAGUCAUUUAAAAAAGGAAAAGAGAGAGAGUGGAGGAAACAAUUCUCUAAUUCAGAUUUCAUUAUAAUUUAUACAAAUUUGAAUGUAAAGUAUUUAUUAUUUUAAACUACAAUUAUUAUGGUUCAAGAGAUAUAAUGUGCAAUCGGUGAGUGACUGUUUUUCUUUUGUUAAAUAUAUUUGAAUUAUUUAACAAAAAAUCCCAGAAGCAACGUAGACACAUGUACGACAAAAUGGAACAACAUAAACAGCCGAGAGAAAGGAACUAUGAAGUGUUUGUAAUGAUAAAAACUUAUUUAUUUUAAGAUUAUUGUUUCUUUAUUUAGGUGUAUUAAUUACCGACAAGUAAAACAUUUAUAUGAAUUUCAUUGUAGAACAACAAAAUCGCAAAUAUGUUAACA